CUCGUGCUGAUUGGCUGCCUAGGGAAGGACGCCCCGCCCCUUGGCUCUGAGAAUCCUGGUCCCGCCUCCACGCUCCUUCCCGCGGUGCCACGCACGUCGACCCGGGAAGGCCGCAUCUCCCAGUGAGCCGUGGCGACAGUAAGGGCGCGGCCAAGAAGAAGAGAUUCCCAGAGGAUCAAGGCCAGAGCUCGUUUUCUGACAACAGGGUGGUAUGAGAAAUGAAGCCAAAAGGUACAGACCCAAGGAUCUUGUCCCUAGCUGCUGAAGUUGCAAAAAGUCCUGAGCAGAAUGUCCCUGUUAUACUGUUGAAGUUAAAAGAAAUAAUAAACACACCUUUAGGAAGUUCAGAGUUGAAGAAAAUAAAACAAGAUAUAUAUUGUUAUGACCUCAUUCAGUAUUGCCUCUUGGUCCUCAAUCAAGAUUGUUCUCGAAUCCAGGGUGGUUGGACUACAGUUUCACAACUCACACAGAUAAUAAGCCAUUGCUGUGUGGGCUUGGAGCCGGGAGAAGAUGCAGAGGAAUUUUACACUGAAUUACUUCCAGCAGCUGCAGAACAUUUUCUAGUUUUGGAGAGGCGAUUACAAACAUGUUUCAUCAAUGCAGCUAAGGGUGAAGAAAAAGAUGAAUUACUACAUCUUUUCCAAAUUGUGACCGAUUCUCUCUUCUGGCUGUUGGAAGGCCAUGUUCAACUCAUCCAAAAUGUACUACAAAGUGAUCAUUUCUUGCACUUACUGCAAACUGACGAUGUUCAAAUAGGAUCUACAGUCAUGACCAUGUUACAGAGCAUACUGCAGAUCAAUAGUGGUGAUUUACUCAGAAUAGAAAGAAGAACCCUGCAUUCAAUUUUAGAUGAGAUUGUUCUCAAACUUUUGUCAACCCCUAGUCCAGUCAUAAGAAGUACUGCUGCAAAGCUCCUACUGUUGAUGGCUGAAUCCCAUCAGGAAAUUUUAAUUUUAUUGAGACUAAGUGCAUGCUACAAAGGGCUUACAAGCCUACUGUAUAAGCAGGAGCCUGGGACAGAGUUCAGUCAAGAACUUAGACAGCUCAUUGGCCUUUUAAGCCCAAAGAUAUCUCAGGAAAUAGAAGAUCAGAAACUACAUCAAGCAGCUUGCUUGAUUCAAGCUUAUUGGAAGGGUUUCCAAACUAGAAAGAGAUUAAAGAAGCUUCCAUCUGCUGUGAUAACUUUGCAGAGGAGUUUCAGAUCUAAACGAACAAAGAUGUUGCUGAAGCUAAAUAAGCAAAAGGAAGAAGAGGACCAUAAAUUACAAUUGCAGCUUCAAAGACAGAGAGCCUUGAGACUUUCCCGAGAAUUACGGCUGAGUAUGCUCGAAAUAGUUCAUCCAGGUCAGGUGGAAAAACAUAAUCGGGAAAUAGAAGACAAAUCAGCAUUGAUUAUCCAGAAACACUGGAGAGGGUACAGGGAAAGGAAAAAUUUUCACCAACAGAGGUCAUCUCUCAUGGAGUAUAAAGCAGCUGUCACACUUCAGAGAGCAACUCUCAAAUUCCUAGCCAAGUGCCGUAAGAAAAGGAAAUUAUUUACUCCUUGGCGAGGACUUCAAGAACUCAGUGAUGCACGCAGAGUUGAACUGAAGCAACAAGUGGAUGACUAUGUCAGAAGACAUCCAAGCACUCAGAUGUCAGAUGUGACCAGCAGGGAGCUCCAUUCUCAAGCUCAAGAACAACUGCAGCAUUACUUAAUGGGCAGGGUCCUACAAGAGAGAGCCGAGCAGCACAGGGAGGCCCUGAUGGCUCAGAUCAGCACCAACAUUGAACAGUUAAUGAAGGCACCAAGUCUGAAGGAGGCAGCAGGGAAAGAACCUGAGCUGUUCCUAAGUAGAUCCAGGCCUGUGGCAGCCAAGGCCAAGCAGGCCCACCUCGCCACCCUGAAGCAUAUACAAGCACCCUGGUGGAAAAAGCUUGGGGAAGAAGCAGGAGAUGCGAUCGAUGUUCCAAAGGAUGAGCUUAGUAUAGAGUUAGGGACUUUAUUCAUUGGUGGAACCAAACCUCCUUAGCGAGAGAUCCUUGUAAGUGACACAAAUCCUAUAUUUCAGGAGAUUUUACUGGUUUUGCCUCUGACAUGCUAGUAGACUAGAGCUAUCCUAACUCAUGGUUUUCCAGAGGUUCCUCUCCAAAUAAAACUUGCUGGCAGUAAAAAAAGAGUUAGUUACCUUCUACCUCUAUCUCAAAUCUCAUUUUAUUUUCUCCCCACCUCCAUCCCUAGCCAUACACAGUAGUAAUUGGUAUGGCUUUUAUUGUGGAGCCAUCUCAGCAUGGCAUUCAACUGCUUAUAUGAAAUGUGAUAGUUCUUUUGUUUCUGCUGUUUUCCAAUGAAAAAUGUUUUCUAAAUAAACAUUUUCAACGAUUCUGAAAAACUUGUCAG